UUGCAGGUUGUACAAGAGUUGGGAGCACUGGACUCAUUGGUCAUUGUGCCUCCGGACAAUAACGUGCGUGGUGACAUUAUCGACACUAAUAUAAAGGAUUUUGAUAAGUUAUUCAACGACCGAUUGACAAUUCCAUUUCGACUAACUCAAGCUGCCCUUCCAUUUUUAGAAAAGUCAAAAGUAAGUUGCUUUUUCGUUUAA